AUGGGUACGCGAAAAGACAACUGUGAAAAUCUUCGACCCUUGCUCAAAUGGCUUCAGGGCUCAGGUCCCAUGCCGGAACAGCUCUGGCGCACGGAUCCGUCAGAGUCCGCUAUCGCACAUGGUGCGAUAUUCGGCGGACAUCGGGUUCUUGUUCCUCUGACAUGCCGUCCGCAAGUGCUGGAGGAGCUCCGCGAAGGACAUUUUGGUUCGGACAAAAUGAAAGAGUUAGCUCUACGCUACAUCUGGUGGGAUACUAUCAACAAAGAUAUCGAAGAACUAGCCAAGCAAUGUGCGACUUGUGCUCAGUUCGCUAAGCAACCAUCGAAAUCAUACCAUCCUUGGGAGAACACGGAACAACCAUUCGAUCGCAUCCACUGUGACUACGCCGGUCCGAUAGAAGGAAGAUACCUCUUCUCUUUCGUCGAUGCUCAAACUAAGUGGCUAGAAGUGAUGGUUUCAAAAUCGAAAACGUCACUAACAAGCCUUAAUCAUCUUAGGGAAAUCAUUGCCCGAUUGGGAUUGCCGAGAGUAAUCGUCACUGACAAUGAUCCGACAGCCGCCUCGAGUGAAUUCAACAAAUUUUGUCAAGCGAAUGGCAUCCUUCAUAAAGCUAGUCCUCCGUACCACCCCGCCUCGAACGGCCAAGUGGAACGGCACGCUCAAACUACGAAGCAGGCGCUGAAGGAAAUCAGAGCUGAGGGGGAUUAA